AUGGUAGCGGCGGCAAGCGCCUGCCCGCUGGGGCUGAGUGCACCGGCCUCGGCGGCACCGGCGGAUGGUGUCGCGGCUGGUGCCUCGGACGGCGACCCCUGGGCCGGGCUGGGCGGAGGGUGUUGGGCUCGGAUGUCCGGACGGCAGGAUGCGGUCACGGAGCAUCUCUUCCACGAGGGUGGAAUUGCCGCCAGAUGCGAGGCGCACGUCGACGUCUACAACGCCACGCUUUUCGCCGUCCUCGGCGAGGACGCCACCCCCUUCGAGUGCGCGUCUGCCGAGCUUCUCGACGCGCGGCGCGCGAGCCUCCGCAACGCCGCCGGCGCCGUCGUCACCGCCGAGUGCCUCAAAGCGACGCAGCGCCUCCUCGAUGUCUCCACGCCCAUCGGCAAGUGCGUCUAUCGCGUCCCCGCCAACAAGAAGGAGUUGCUCAACUCGCCGGAGCGCGAGCACUGGUUGGCUGCCGAUGAGAAGGGGCUCGACUGCAUCCUUCGUGGGCCCGGCAACUGCCUCGUGCCCGUCACCGUCCCCGCCGCCAAGGGCGUGCCAGUCCAGCGCUGCGUCACUGCGCGCAAGAUCAAGGUGGACCAGGCGACCGGACGCCUUGACAAGCACGACCCCUACAAGUCUCGGCACAGCGCCGACGGAGGUUUCGCCAAGGUCCAGCGCGAGCGCGCCGGCUUACCCGCCAGCCAAGUCCCCGCCACCUCGACCGUCGUCGACGACAUGACCACCAAGCUGUUCCUCGGCCACGCCGCCGCCAUCGACGCCAAUCUGACCAAGGGAGACGUCGGCCCCGUCGGCUACAUGAGCAUCCCGUCCACGCUGCCCAUGACCGACGAGGACGGCACACAGCUCUGCAUCGAGCUCUCGACGCCGCUCUGGGGUGAGGAAAGCGCCGGCUACGAGUGGGAAUGCACCUUCAACGAGACCAUCAAGAGCCUCGGUUGGAUGCCGUGCCCGGGCGUCCCCGCCAUGUUCUCCUACCACGGUGAGCACAGCGAGGCUCGCAUGAUCACCAUCGUUGACGACUUCAUGAUCUCCGAGGUCAACGGCACCGCCGCCACCGAAGCCACCAUCGCCGCGCUCAAGGCCGCGUUCGACGGCGAGGUCAAGGCCGAGUUCGCGGUUUGA